AUGUCAUACACAUGGGGUUCCCUGUUUACUGGAUCCAAGAUUGUGUUUUACAUACUCUUCUGGGGCGCUCAUAUUGCGGUAUUUGCAUUUGGAUGGUAUUUUCAAGCAACUAACUCUAGAUUGGAUGCCCUCAAUGUCCUGGAGUAUUCUGUCUGGAUUUCGAGAGGUGCAGGCUUAGUUCUGACAUUCGAUGGAACCCUGAUCUUAUUGCCAAUGUGCAGAAACAUCGUCAAAACAAUCAGGCCUAAAAUACGAUGGUUACCACUUGAUGAAUCAAUAUGGUUUCAUCGACAAGUCAGCUAUGCCUUGCUCGUCUUUACCAUUCUCCACGUUGCCUCUCAUUAUGUCAACUUUUAUAAUAUCGAGAAGGAUAACAUACGACCUGUUACUGCCGUACAGAUUCACUUUACCCAAGCAGGAGGGAUCACAGGUCAUGUAAUGCUCUUAUGCAUGAUGUUAAUAUAUACCACGGCUCAUCACCGGAUCCGCCAGCAGUCGUUCGAGACCUUCUGGUAUACACACCAUUUGUUCGUGCCUUUUAUGUUAGCUCUCUACACACACGCUACGGGUUGCUUUGUUCGUGACACCGCAAAUCCUUACUCGCCGUUUGCGGGAAAAGACUUUUGGAAUCACUGCAUAGGAUAUGAGGGGUGGAGGUGGGAACUCGUGGUAGGAGCUGUCUACCUCUUUGAAAGACUUUAUCGUGAGAUUCGAGCCCGGCGUGAAACGGUGAUCACAAAGGUGAUCCGUCACCCAUACGAUGCUAUGGAAAUCCAGUUCCGCAAGGAAAGUAUGAAGUACAAAGCCGGUCAAUGGCUCUUCAUCCAAGUUCCUGAGGUGUCUAAUAAUCAAUGGCACCCGUUUACUAUCACCUCCUGCCCGUUUGACCCAUACAUCAGCAUCCACGUCCGCCAAGUAGGAGACUUCACACGAGCCCUCGGUGACGCACUUGGAUGUGGGCCGGCACAAGCCAGAGACCUUGAAGGACUUGACCCCCUGGGGAUGUACGAAGUCGCCCUUGAAAACGGACAAAAGAUGCCUAGCCUCCGCGUCGAUGGGCCGUACGGAGCGCCCGCCGAGGACGUGUUUGAAAACGAAAUUGCUGUUCUCAUUGGGACAGGUAUUGGCGUUACUCCAUGGGCCUCCAUCCUGAAAAACAUCUGGCAUUUACGCGCUGGACCUAACCCACCGCGCCGUCUUCGUCGCGUCGAAUUUAUCUGGGUCUGCAAAGAUACUUCUUCCUUCGAAUGGUUUCAAGCUCUUUUAUCUUCGCUUGAGUCCCAGUCUGCCUACGAGGCAGCAAAUGAAGGACGUGUCGAAUUCUUGCGCAUCCACACCUACCUUACACAACGCCUAGACGAUGAUACCGCUGCAAACAUCUACCUCAACUCCGUAGGCCAGGAAAUCGAUCCACUAACAGAGCUAAAGAGCCGGACGAACUUCGGUCGUCCAAACUUUCAACGUCUCUUCACAGCCAUGCGCGACGGUCUCCAAGAUGGGACGUAUAUGCCUGGCUUAUAUGCCGAAUUUGCAACUCAGAUCGGAGUCUACUUCUGUGGUCCCAAUGCCGCUGCCAGACAGAUCAGAGAAGCAGCCAUGUCAUCGGUAACUAAAGAUAUUAGAUUCAAGUUCUGGAAAGAACACUUCUAA